AUGCGAGAACUAGACGCUUUAAUCUCAGAGUACCGACAUGAGAAGCAGCGUCCCCGAGAAUCGGAGGCACUGUUCACCUUGCGCAAGGUUGCUUCGAUCGUCAAGCCGAUUAUGCGCCAACGUGCUUGGAGAGUUGGCGUUCUCUGUGAAUUUUACCCACGAGAAAGUAAUCUGCUAGGGCUGAACUAUAAUUCUGGACAAAAGAUAUGUCUGAGGUUACGGUACGCCUCGGAUUCGACCCAGUUUCUUCCCAUCGAGCAGGUUGUGGACACGAUGCUGCAUGAACUCUGCCAUAUUGUUCAUGGUCCUCACAACCGGCAAUUUCAUGCGCUGUGGAACCAAUUGCGCGAUGAACACGAGGAACUGGUCAUCAAAGGAUAUACAGGCGAAGGCUUCCUUUCCCAAGGUAAACGUCUCGGCGGUAGCAGAAUUCCACUUGAUGAGGCUCGCCGACAGGCCCGCGCAGCGGCUGAGCAGCGUCAACUUUUAACCAAGAACUCUGGCCAGAAGUUGGGAGGCGCACCUAGACCUCGGGGAAUAGCUGCGCGCAAACUUCGCGCAGAUGCUGCCCAGCGCCGUAUCGAGGUGACUGCGGGUUGCGCUUCAGGAACCAACAAUACCGCCCAGCUUGCGGAAGAAGCGACUCGGAAUGGAUUCAGAACCCAAGCAGAAGAGGAUGAUGCAAAUGAUCAGGCAAUUCUGCAGGCCUUCAUUGAGCUGAUUCAAGAAGAGGAGCGUGAAAAGUACGGAGAUUCAUAUAUCCCUCCGAGCCAAGAAAAUCCCGCUGGGCCUCGAACCGGUGAGUCGCCGGGUCUGUCAAAUUCUGGCGAAUCUAUAGAGCCAUCGCCACUAGACGAACUGCCGGAAGAGGUGGAAAACAAACCGGAAAUAUUCGAUCUUACUGCCGAUAAUGGCUCCUACGAGUCCUCAUGGACAUGUACAACCUGCACCCUCGAAAACCCACCCAACUUUUUGUGCUGUGAUGCCUGUGCGGCGGAGCGACCAACUCCUAAGACCGUAUCUACUACCACCACGCAGCAAGGAGAAUCAGAUAGAGGAACACCCACACAACCACCGAAGAAGCGAGUCUUUCAAGAAGAUGAAAUGCAAGCUCGAGAUAAACGUAAUCCACGAGAUACGUUUGCAUUCAGAAACCGUACCCGCGCUCUUGACACACUGACAUCUUUGGAUCGUGACAUCAGUAAGAGGCCACUGGGUUGGCUUUGUGAUCAAUGCGGUAGUUUUAUGGAGGCCCAGUGGUGGACAUGUUCUUGUUGCGGGAAGUUGAAAGUUUCAUCUUGA